UCAGGUGGACUCUUUGGAUCAAAUAACAGUACCACGAAUACUUCUUCCACUGGAGGUGGGCUCUUUGGCUCUAAACCAGCUGCUUCUGGUGGAUUGUUUGGCAGUUCUAACACAAACAAUACUAGCAAUACAAAUACUAACACUAGUGGUGGAUUAUUCGGUUCUAAUACUUCCAAUACUUCAGGUACCACUGGUGGUGGAUUAUUCGGUUCUGGUAAUACUACUAAUACAUCAGGUAAUACUGGUGGGUUGUUUGGAUCAGGUAACGCCUCUAAUCCAUCAGGUAAUACUGGAGGUGGAUUAUUUGGAUCUAAUCAACAACAACAACAACAACAACAACAACAACAACCACAACAACCACAACCACAACAACCACAACCAAGUGGUGGGCUAUUUGGUCAAAAUACAACCAAUAACUCUCAGCCUUCAUUUGGCUGGUCAUCCCAACAAAAUAACAAACCUGCUUUGGGUGCAGCCAAUACAUCCAAUGCAACAAACAAUAAUAUAUCACUCCCAUUUAAUUCCAAUAACUCUACCACUUCUAACGUUAAUACUUACACUCCAGCCAUUAAUGACCAAUUACUUAAAAUCAAGGAGCAAUGGGAUCCAAAUUCUCCUAAAUGUGCAUUAAAAACUCAUUUAUAUAAUAAAUUCAAUGAUCAAGAAAUUAACAUGCUUCUCAGCCAACAGAGACCAGCCAAUGAAUCAUCAGAAGAUUGGGAUGCUGCAAUGUCAAAUAGACCGACUCCUCAACAUUAUCCAAUCAAAAUCACUUCAUUUACUGAAGUUGCCCAAAGGGUUGAAGUUCAGUUAAAUCAUGUGGCCAAAUCUAGAAUCUUAUUAAAUACAAUCAAUGAUAGACAAUCUGCAUUAUCUUCAAAACAUGAUCUUGAUAACACUACAAGAAUAUUAAAAGCUAAAGCCAAGCAUACUAAAUUAUCAAGAAGAUUAUUAAGAUUAGCCACUAUUUUGGCUAUUUUAAGACUUAAAGGAUAUCCAUUAUUACCUGAAGAAGAAGAAAUUUCAAGACAAUUUGAUUUAUUAAAUGAUAAGUUAAAUGAUCCAAAUGCUUCUUUAGGUAAACUCAAUGAUGUUUUCGCAAGAUUAGCAAUAUUAAAAGAACGUAGUGAAGAAUUAGCUAACCAAUUCGAUUCUUCUGUUAAUACUAUGAAUGGUGGAUUAAAUCAAAGUUCCAAUGAUAUCUCAAAUGGUGAAGCUGGCAAAGAUCAUGUUGAAGAAAAAUCUAAUGAUGAAUUGGUUAAUAAAUUGACUAAAUUAUUAUUAAAACAACAACAGGGUUUGAAUUACUUGAAUGAAGUUUUACAAAAAGAUUUUGAUGAAGUGAAAAAAAUA